AUGAGCCCCUGGGAGCCCCUGGGAGUGCGUGGGAGCCCCUGGGAGGAGACACCGGAAGAGGAGUUUGAAGAGAUCCCUGAAGAUACAGAGGAGAUCCCUGAAGAUACAGAGGUGACCGAGGAUCUUGAGCAGAUAGACGAAGACCUCAUAGACCCGAUCGACCCGAUCGACCAGAUCGACCCGAUCGACCAGGAAGAAGGAGCAGAAGGGGAACGAUUUGAUGAGGACCCCCCAUCAGCGGACGAGCUGCCUGAGGAUGCGGAUGGCGACAUUGAAGCUUUGUUGGAAGCAGAUGAGGAUGAGGGCAGCAAGAUCCAUCAAGUGCCAUCAAAUGCAGAGGCUGAACUGAGUGCCAAGAGACGGAAAAUCAGCUCUGGAGUCUCGUUUUCACUGGAACCUGAGAAGUUGCAGCUUCUUGGUCGAUGGAAUUUGGCCAAUGAUCGAGCUGCCCGUUAUGUCAUGCAGGAGGCCUCCAUGGAAGAAUCCGGCGCCAUUGGAAAGACCGGAUGGAGGCCAGUACCUUCGACUCCCCGACCCGAUGGACGUGAUGGGAAGACACCCGCGGAGCAGCUCAAUGAGAAGAUCCUGGCAGUCAGAGAGGAGUCCUAUGGGCCACAGGGUGGGAAGGCAGUGGAUGUAGUGGCAGCCUUCAUACAGAAAUGGCAACUGGCUGAAGAUGAAGCCGCGCUGCGUGCUGCAUGCGCCAAGGACUUGCGCUUUGUCAUGAAGGAAUUCAAUGGAAGCCGGUCAGUCUCGGAGCUUCUGGAGGAAGCAGCGGAAGCAAUUCCAAGGGAGGUCUGUGACACUGCAGAGGAAGCUGCUGGAGAAGAACCAGGGGUGCUGACCUGUGGCAGGCUCAACCGCUUGGAACUCAUAGAUCCCAACGCCGAUGCCCUUGUGGUGGGCGAUGCCAAUCUCACCUUCUCCAUCCUCCUGGCAAGGCAUCGGGAGGCAUUGGGCCACGUGGGACGAAUUGUGGCCACUACGUUUGAGACAAUCGAAAUACUUCGAGAAAGGUAUCCUGAAAUCGAUGCAACUGUGAAGGAGCUUGAAAGUAAAGAUGCUGAAGUCUUUCACAACGUGGAUGGCACCCGCUUGGCUGUGGAUUCGCGGUUUCAGGACAUGGUCAAGAAGUUCGGGGCAGUUUACUACAACUUCCCCCAUGCUGGAGUGGUCCAAGGUUUUUUCGACGGACAUCCAUUUGUGAGAUGGCGGCACGAGAAUCUGAUGCACCUGUUCUUUCGAGCCUUGCGUGGUUUCGUGAAACCCGAUGGCCUAGUGAAGGUCUCUUCCAACUGCUGCGCCAGAGGAGUUCGGUUUUCAGACAUCAUUGCUGGAGCUCAGAAUAGCGAGUUCGUACAUGUGGAGACGCUGCCGUUUCAAGAGUGGAGCCUAAGGGGCUACAGACGAUCCUAUGGAGAUCGGCGGGAUGCCAACCGACGCCCCGAAGAAAAUGAGCACUGGCAGCAAGACGGACUGGGUGAUGUGAUCAAUGUGAUCCAUGGCAAGGGGAAAGGCUCGGAGCCAAUGUUGCGCAGCAAUGCGCAGUAUGUUUCCAACACGCAGCACCUGCAACAUGCUGACAAGUUUAAAGAAGCCCAGGGAGUCUCAAAGGUAUGGCAACAAGCACUACAGAAAGUCGAGGACAGUCGAGUCAAAGAGAUGGUGCCAAAGGUGUCAGACUAUGGAAAUUCAAUCACUUUCUGUGGAAAAUCCGCCCACUGGCAAAAGGCCUGUGAGAUACUUUGUGGCUAUGCUUUGCGCCGGCUUGAAUCCAAUACGAUUUCUUACAAUGCUACGAUAAGCGCUUGUGAGAAAGGCGGAAUCUGGCUUCCAUCCCUGUGCAUGUUGCAGGAACUUGAUUGGCAGGGAAUGGAAGUUUCAGUGAUUACCAGCAGUGCAGCCAUCAGUUCAUGCCGGGAAAGCAACCAAUGGGGCAGAGCAAUGUCUUUGCUGGAUAGAACCUAUGAUGAAUCUUUACAGCCUAACACCAUCACCUACACUGCCUCGGUUAGCGCGUAUGAGAAGUCAAGUCAAUGGCAUUUGGCCUUACACUCGUUGGAGCACAUUCAGUUGAAGUGCAUCCAAGGGCACAUCUUUGCCUUGAACUCAUGCAUUGCAUCAUGCGAAAAUGCACAGAAGUGGGAUUUAGCCUUGACAUUCUUUCAUUCCCUGGCUUGGAAGGUCCAGAGAGAUGUUGCCACAUACAAUGCCACUCUCAGUGCAUUGGGGACAGGUCACUUCUGGCAAGGCAGUUUGCAAAAAUUCAGGGACCUCAGCAGUUCAUUGGAUCCGACAGUCAUCACUUACAACUCCGCUGUGUCCAUCUUCGAGAAGGUUUCUCGAUGGCAGCACGCACUUCUCGUAUUUGAUGAGCUUGCGCAGCUUGCGUCACGGAGACUGCAAGCCAAUGUUACUACAUGCAACUCACUUAUAAGCGCCUUCGAAAAAUGUGGCGCAUGGCGCGAAGCACUACAUUUAGUAAGCUGUAUGAUUCAAGUUUUGCGUCUACGCCCAGACUCAAUCACUUACAAUGCAACAAUCAGCGCUUGUGAGAAGGCGUCGAUGUGGCAGCUGAGUUCUUGGUUGCUUUUCGAAGACCAGCUGGAAAGAGAUAUUGUUACGUGCAACUCUGCAGCAACAAGCUGCGUGAAAGGUUUCUCUUGGCAAAAUGCCAUUGCAAUUUUCCAACACUGUCAUUUGCUCUCUGGAUCCAGGCGACCAGGGCAACCAGUGCGACCAGGGAAAGAUGCCAUCUCCUGUGCAGUUGGCAUUGAUGCCUAUGGAAAAGUUGCAGCCUGGCAAAGUGGCUUUUGUUGCAUGGAGCAGCUCCUUCAAUCAGACGUGAAAUUGGACCUUGUAGCCUGCAACCGGGCCCUCAGUGCUUUCGAAGAUGAAAUCUCUUGGCAAAAAUCAUGCGGCUUUUUGGAGGACCUCCUUUUGCAGAUGAAAAUUAAUGCGAUCACCUGCAACACUGCCAUUGGUGUUUACAUCAGGGGCACUCAGUGGAACAGAGUUUUCAACAUCAUCACUGAGCUGGAACAGAGACACUUGCAGCCCACCUUGCUCACUCAUAAUUCUGCCAUACAAGCAUCAACUGUUCAUGAUCAAUGGCAGUUAGCAUUGUUGUCCUUCAAAAGACUGGAGCAGAAGGUUUUGCCAGAUAUUUUGACCUAUCAUUUUGGCAUGGUUGCCUUUCAAAAAGGACACCGGUGCCUUGAAGCCAUCCAUUUGAUGGACCGUUUUCAGAGGGCAACUGAGAAUCUACGAUUAGAGAAAGGUUUGCGCAACGAGGACUUAGUGACUACAUGGGAUUGA